AUGAGCUAUUCUAGAUCAGGAUCGAGACAAAAGUAUGCAGUUAUCACAGGUGCCUCGUCUGGCAUAGGGUAUGCGCUAGCAAAAGCCUUUAGCAAGAGAGGUUACAAGGUGAUUGGCGCAUCCCCACAAGCUGUCUUACAUUUACAGGAUCCUCUUGUUGCUGAGUAUGGAGUGAUUUCAGUUCCGUGUGACAUCACAAACCUUGAUGAUUUGAAGAGAUUGAAAGAUGUUGUCUUUAAAGAAACAGGAGGCUAUGUGGACAUCUUGUACAACAAUGCAGGAAUCGCUAUCGGUGGUCCUGCAGCUGAGAUGGACGAAGCAAAAGUGAACAAGAUUUUCCAAGUAAAUGUGAUUGGUCAUAUUAACGCCACUAAACAACUUGCACCGUACGUCAUCAAUGCCAAAGGAUCUAUUGUUUUCACCAGUUCAGUCGCAGCAAGAGUGCCUCUUGCCUGGACCAGUAUCUAUAGUGCAACGAAAGCAGCCAUUGACGCAUAUGCACAAACAUUACAUGGAGAAAUGGAACCAUUCGGCGUAAAGGUACACAGUAUUAUCACGGGAGGAGUAAACACUCAAAUUGGUGGUCUGGAGUCUCUUGCUGACGCACAAAAGAGACUUCAAAAUUCAUUGUACAAUGUGGAAGGCAUUUUGGAUAGUACACGAGCCACAAAAGGUAUGAGCUUGAGGAAAGGAAUCAGCCCAGAUGCCUACGCUGACGAUGUAUCUAGAAAGAUUCUAAAAGGGCUGACUAAAUUCAACUUAUUUGGAGGAUCCAGAGGCUAUACUUUACACUUAAUGGGUAGGUAUUUCCCCUUGUGGUUGGUUGAACAUUUGAUGCAAAAGACAUUCAAGCAGCUUGAGUUGUUUAAAAAUAUAAGGAAAUCGGUUCGGAAUGGGACUAGAUAA